UGGUGCUUUCUGCGUACGCUCCUGACUCCUGCUGGUUGAAGGCGGACACUGCAGCCUGUGGAAGCCGCUGUCGUUCGGCUCAUGAAAACGUUUCAGUGAACACUGUGUGUUGGUCUCCUUCCUGAAAGACACUUGCAUUGGAGCCGCUGAAGUCGCUGCGGAGAGGCUGAGACAAUAAAGGUGAAAUCCCAAGAUUCCUGAAGAUCUCGUCAGUCAACUCCCACAUGCCAGUGAACCACUCACUUGAAAAUUAAACCAAGUAUACUCCGCUCCAGAGAAUUGCCCUCUUAGAUGCCGCUCAGUCUCCGUGUUUGCAAAUGGCUUGCUGUCUAAAGGACGAGCUCCUCUGUUCCAUCUGCCUCAGCAUCUACCAGGACCCCGUCAGCUUUGGCUGUGAGCACUACUUCUGCAGAAAGUGUAUUACCGAGCACUGGAGCAGGCAGGAGCCUCACGGAACGCGAGACUGUCCUGAGUGCCGACGGACCUUCGCCGAUCCCCUCCUCUCGCCUAGUCUCAAGUUGUCCAACAUUGUGGAGCGCUACUCGGCCUUCCCGCUGGACGCCAUCCUCAACGCCCAGAGGAGCUCCUACCCCUGCAAAGACCACGAGAAGGUCAAGCUCUUCUGCCUCACAGACAAAAGUCUGGUGUGCUUCUUCUGCGACGAGCCGGCGCUACACGAGCAGCACCAAGUAACCACUAUUGACGAGGCUUACGAGGAGAUACAGAGAGAGAUGAAGGAGCAGCUGGCCACCCUGCAGGACAGUGAGAAGGGACACACUGAGGCCCUGCAGCUCCUGCAAAGACAACUUACUGAGACCAAGUCCUCAGCCAAGAGUCUGCGUGCAACCAUCGGCGACGCAUUCGAGCGCCUUCACCGCUUCCUGCGUGAGCGUCAGAAGAGCAUGCUGGAAGAGCUGGAGAUGGACACUGCCCGCAAGCUGGCCGACAUCGAGCACAAGAUCCAGCGCUACAGCCAGCAGCUGCGUGACGUCAAGGAGGGCAUCCAGAUCCUGCAGGAGCGCCUCAAUGAGUCGGGAAGACAUGACUUCCUAGAGGGAGUAGCCGUCACAUCUGAGAGGAUUAAAGGGAAGAUACAUGAGACCAAUCUGACGUAUGAAGACUUCCCAACAUCCAAGUACAUGGGGCCCUUACAGUACACAAUAUGGAAGUUGCUCUUCCAGGAUGUCUCACCAGUGCCAGCAGCAUUGACCCUUGACCCCAUCACAGCCCACCAAAGACUGAUUCUCUCGGACGACUGUACCAUAGUUGCCUAUGGGAAUCUCCAUCCGCAGCCCCUGCAGGACUCCCCGCGGCGCUUUGACGUAGAGGUGUCUGUUCUGGGCGCUGAGGGCUUCGUGUCUGGCGUCCAUUACUGGGAGGUGAUGGUGUCGGAGAAGACCCAGUGGAUGAUCGGUGUGGCCAACGAGACAGUCAGCCGCAAGGGCAGCAUCCAGAUCCAGCCCAGCCGCGGCUUCUACUGCAUCGUCAUGCACGAUGGGAAUCAGUACAGCGCCUGCACUGAGCCCUGGACCCGCCUCAACGUAAAGAGCAAGUUGGAGAAGGUGGGGGUGUACCUGGACUACCCCAAAGGGCUGCUCAUCUUCUACAAUGCAGACGACAUGUCCUGGCUCUACACCUACCGGGAGAAAUUCCCCACCAAGGUCUUCCCCUACUUCAGCCCAGGCCAGAGCCAUGCCAACGGCAAGAACGUGCAGCCGCUGCGAAUCAACACCGUACGCCUUUAAGAGCUACACACAUCUUUGGUCUCGAUUGUCCUGACAGAUGAAUCCAUCAUAGGUGAAUUCACAGGACUUGUUUAGGUUUCAAAAGAUGUUCAAGAAAUCCGUUUAAAAGAUGUUUAAUAGGGUGUUUUGAAAUGUUUAUUUCUUUUAGUUCAGUUAAGAAUUGUGCUUGAUGUUGCUCUUAAAACCGCUGUUUUUUUUGUGAGUUGAAACGACCGUACGAUAAUGGCCUGCACUUGAGCCUCGUUCCACAUCUUUAAUUGAAAAGAUGACGCUAAGUGGAUACAGAGGGACCCCUGGGCUCCUCUGAGGUCUGUGGCAGUGAUGUAAAAAGAACAAAAGUGAUUUCCCAUCUUAAAGUGACUGUCCCAGGCCCAACUUGCACACUCCCAGGGGGCACCGCUCUCCUCAUCAAGCUCCAGGCCUGUCAGACUUGACGUCCCAGCUCUGUCCAUGCAAGCGGACACUGAAGACUGGUCACUUCUCUUCUCUGUGCUGUACAGUUGGCUUAGCUUUGUGUGUGGAAUGUGAUUGACAGCACUCGGCUCCUUUUUUGCUUUUGUUUGUCCACUCUGAGCUUGUCAAGUCUGUUUUACUUCUGUCUGAGAUGAUGAUGUCAUGAUCACAGUUACUGCUCCAGGUCACAUCCACAUGUGUCUGUUCAGUCUUUGUCAUUACAAGGAAAGCUCUUGUUCUAUGUGCACCAGCGAUUAUGUCACCUAAAACAAAUAAAUUAAUCAAAGUAUUUCAUAGUCUGCCCAGUCCUACCCACAAGGAAGUCUGUUUGGAGAUGGAGGUUUUCCAGAAAUAUGCUGCUAUUGAUUAAGAACUUGCAUGUUUGUAUAUAGAGUAUCAGGGGUUAAAAGGAAUAAGUCUCUCAUCAUGCUGGCUCAUGUUAAAGUUUCCGUUUUUUCCCCUUUAGCAUACACUACAGUCCACUACAAUGUUGAAUUCAAGUACAUUUCUGCUGCCAGUCAUGAUGUUUGAUCAUUUUGUCUUAAAAUCAAAAGCAUAUAAUCAUGCUGUCUGCGUAGAUCACCUCGUGAGGCAGAGACCUCUAGUUGUAAAAGCAGAAUAUGAAAAUCUGAAAGGUUAAAGAUGAAUUAUUGCUUAAAGAUGCUACAGAGACCAAUUGUUCUCUCUUAUUUUAAAUCAUACCAUUCAUGUAAAUGAAGUCAAGCUGUAUGUUUUGGGAAAUAGCCAUUAUCAAAGAAAAUGGUGAUGGACGAAAGAACUUUACCACUAAUAUACUAUUCCUGUGCGACUGGCAUUCCCAAGGCUGCUGCUGUGUUACAUAAUGACAAAAUCACUGAUAAUUCCUCUGAGGCUCACCCAUGUUUAUUUCUUCGCCCCACGUGCCUCAAGUGCUCUUGUUUAUCAGUAGUACACAAGUCCUGCAGAAUCUGCUCUAAGAGGCUCCGGUCGCUCAGCCAAGUCCAGCAUACUCAGAUGUGUGUGUGUGUGUGUGUGUGUGUGUGUGUGUGUGUGUGUGUGUGUGUGUGUGUGUGUGUGUGUGUGU